CAUUUAUUUCCUCCCCCUCGUGUGCCUCUCCUCUUUCAGCUCCACCCAUUUGGAAUUACCCUCCCCUGAAAACUAUCAGUAUCACUCUCUCUCUCUCUCUCUCUCUCUCUCUCUCUCUCUCUCUCCAUAUAUAUAUAACACUCCCCAUCUCCUGUACAUGCAGCUCCUCCUGAUUUUGUUACUGCAUCAUUUCCUCCUCUCCAUGGCUUUACUGCUCCCUCUCCUCUGCUCAUUCCUCUUCUUCGCCCUCUGUCUCUCGCUCCUCCGGGAGAUGCGCUGCCGGAUGCUGCGGCUCCCGCCGGGCAGCUUGGGCCUGCCCUUCAUCGGCGAGACCCUGCAGCUAAUCUCUGCCUAUAAGAGCCAUGACCCGGAGCCUUUCAUCGACCGGCGGGUGGAGCGGUAUGGUCCAAUCUUCACCACCCACGUGUUCGGCGAGCCGACCGUGUUCUCGGCCGACCCGGAGAUGAACCGGUUCAUUCUCCUCAACGAGGGGAAGCUCUUCGAUUGUAGCUACCCCGGUUCGAUCUCGAACCUUCUGGGGAAGCACUCUUUGCUCCUCAUGAAGGGCGCUCUCCACAAGAGAAUGCACUCCCUCACGAUGAGCUUUGCCAACGCCGCCAUCAUCAGGGAUCAUCUUCUUGUCGACAUAGACCGCCUUAUCGGGCUUAACUUGGAUUCCUGGACCGAUCGGGUCUUUCUCAUGGACGAGGCCAAGAAGAUAACAUUUGAGUUAACAGUGAAGCAGCUGAUGAGCCUGGAUCCAGGUGAAUGGAGCGAGAGUCUGAGGAAAGAGUACGUUCUGGUGAUAGAAGGAUUCUUCACGCUCCCCACACGUCUCCUCUCAACCACAUACCGCAGAGCCAUAAAGGCGAGGACGAAGGUGGCGGAGGCACUGGUAGCCGUGGUGAGGCAGAGGAGAAGAGAGAACGAGAGAGGACAGAGAAUGAUCAAUGACAUGUUGGGCGCACUGUUGGCCUCGGACGACCACUUCUCUGACGACCAAAUUGUCGACUUUAUGCUGGCACUGCUCAUCGCCGGCUACGAAACCACCUCCACCAUCAUCACCGUCGCCGUCAAGUUCCUCACGGAAACCCCUCUUGCCCUGGCCCAGCUCAAGGAAGAGCAUGACCAAAUCAGGGCAAAGAAGAGUGACCCGGGAGCAGCUUUAGAGUGGAGUGAUUAUAAGUCGAUGGCAUUUACUCAAUGCGUUGUUCACGAGACUCUGAGGGUGGGCAACAUAAUUAGUGGCAUAUUCAGGAGGGCAAUGACGGACAUAAACAUAAGAGGGUACACAAUUCCCAAAGGAUGGAAACUGUUCGCAUCAUUCCGUGCGGUCCAUCUGGACGCGCAACAUUUCAAAGACGCCCGCUCCUUCAAUCCAUGGAGAUGGCAGAGCAACUCGGAAGCAGGAGGAGGAAGCAUGGGGAAUGUAUAUACGCCAUUUGGAGGGGGGCCGAGGAUGUGUCCUGGCUUCGAGCUCGCUCGAGUCGUCGUCUGUGUCUUCCUUCACCUCUUCGUCACCCGAUUCAGUUGGAUUGUGGCUGAGGAAGAUAAGCUGGUGUUUUUCCCAACCACUAGAACGCGGAAGAGCUAUCCAAUCAUAGUGAAGCGUAGACAUGAGGCCACUGAGUGAAUGAACACGAGAGUUUCGAGCUGUAGAUGAGGUAUUCAUCACCGGUUUCAUGUUACGUCAUUAGCGUUAUUGUUAUUUAUAUUAACAUUACUACUGCUAGUAGUGGCAUAUUGAUAGUUCCCUAGUUUUUAUUC